AUGCGUCCAUAUAUGUAUACAGGAUAUCCAAAUACAAAUGUUGCAGCAAUGACUGUUGGUUAUAGAGCGCAACCAUUAAGUUAUCCACCAGUAGCUGCUCCGCCUAGAUAUAGACCAGGAUAUCCUGCAGUGCCUUCUACUCAAUCAUAUCCUUAUAAUCCUAAUGGAAUGAAUCCUGUAAAACCAAGUGAUCCAAAUAAUGAAAUAAUGAACGGUAUUAUUUCGAAUAAUAAUUCUCGUGAUUUAAUACAUGAGAAAGAGACAAAAUAUAAACUAUCAAAGAUCUAUCGAAUUCAAAAGACUAAACCUGAUAUCCAUAAAGAUGAUUCAAGUGAAGAUGAAUCGAAGAAAAAAAUGCUUAUAACAAUUCCUAUAGUAGUACCUGUUCAAAGAAAAGCAUCAUCAUCACCAUCAUCGUCAUGUUCAUCGUCAUCGAGUUAUAGCGGCUGUUCAACAUGUAGUCAUUGUUCAACUUGUAGUAAUUGUUCGUGUACAGAAUGUCGUACGAAAGAAAAAGGAGUUUUUUAUGAUGAUUGCCCGGCGUGUCGAGCCGAGCGAGAACGUCAACAAAUAAAACAACAAAAUCGUAAAUAA